AUGGCCGCUAAUUCCCUCAGAGCUGGUUCUUCUUACGGCGGCGCCGUCCCUUUCCGAUCAAGCGAUGGACUUAGUACCCGACCCGGUGCUGCAUCGGAAGAGAUCCAAUUGCGGAUUGAUCCCAUGGACUUGGACGAUGAACUCACAGGUCUUCACCACCAAGUUAGAAGGUUGAAACAUGUUGCUGAGGAGAUAGGGACAGAAAUGAAGUAUCAGAAAGAUUUUCUUGAACAACUGCAAAUGACAAUGAUAAAAGCCCAAGCUGGAGUGAAGAAUAAUCUCAGAAGAUUGAACAAGAACAUUAUCCAAAGUGGUUCGAACCAUAUUGUUCAUGUCGUUGUUUUUGCAUUAAUCUGUUUUACUAUAGUGUAUUUUUGGUCUAAAAUAUCAAGAAAAUGA